AUGACAGGACCUCCCCCUUUGACUGGCAUCCGCGUAUUAGAGUUUGGAGGUCUUGCUCCUGGACCCUUCGCAGGCCUUCUUCUAGCAGACAAUGGUGCCUCAGUCCUGCGAAUUGACCGCGCAAUCCCAAACCUUACCCAUUCAACCAACUCCUCCAAGCUCCCACCACCAACCAACGACCUCCUCACGCGCCACAAGUCCUCUAUAGCUGUGGAUCUUAAGUCUCCAAACGGUGUGGACUUCAUCAAAUCACUCCUCCCGCACACAGACGUUGUCAUCGACCCUUUCCGCCCUGGCAUCCUCGAGAAGCUAGGUCUGGGCCCAGUUGUCCUGCUGGAUAUCAACCCGAGAAUCAUACUCGGGCGCAUGACUGGGUUCCGCAGAGAUGGGAGAUACAAGAACAUGGCUGGCCAUGACAUAAAUUACAUUGCCGUAUCCGGUGCUCUUGCUCUCCUCGGUCGGAAAGGCGAGAAGCCCAUUGCGCCAGGGAAUAUACUCGGCGAUUUCGCCGGCGGAGGAGCUAUUCUGUUCCAGGGUAUUUUACUGGCAUUGAUGGCGAGGGAGAAGAGUGGGAGGGGUCAGGUCGUCGAAGCCAAUAUGGUGGAUGGGGCUUCGUAUCUGGCGACAUUCCCGAGGAUGAUGCUGAAGACUCCGAUGUGGGAUCAGCCUAGGGGAGAGAAUGUUUUGGACACGGGGUGUCCGUGGUAUGACACGUAUGAGACGAAAGAUGGGAAACACAUGUCUGUGGGAGCACUCGAGCCGCAAUUCUUUGCCGAACUUCUGAAAGGAUUGGGGUUGUCCGGAAAGGGAAUCGAGAAGUCGAGGAAUGACAGGGAGACUUGGCCUGAGCUGAAAGCGACGUUUGAGAGGCUGUUCAAGGAGAAGACGAGAUCAGAAUGGGAGAAGGUAUUUGAUGAGACGGAUGCAUGUUGUACGCCUGUGCUGGAAUAUGGGGAGCUAGAAACAGACCCAAGUAGAGAAGGCGAUCAAAGACCAGCCGUCACUCUACGAGAGACUCCCAGCUUAGCUGUGUCGGAAGGCUUAGCGUCCAGAGAUCCAUCAAUUGGACAAGGUCCGGGAAUCGAAGGCGGGAGUUACUCCGGGACAGCAUUGUAUGCUGGGGAAGGUGGAGAAGCAACAUUGAGCAACUGGCUAGGAUGGAAACAAGGGAAGGACUUCGAGGUGGAGAAUGGGGGUUUGGUAAGGAAGUCGGGUUCCAAGUUAUGA